AUGCGGCCGGGGGGCGCGCUGCUGGCCCUGCUCGCCAGCCUCCUGCUGCUGCUGCUGCUGCGCCUGCUCUGCUGCUCCACCGACGCGCCCGCCCGCUCCAGGCUCUCGGCGGAGCGGAGCAGGGACGGCCCCCGCGGCACCCCCGCCGCGCCGAGGACGCUGCGGAGCCCCGCCACCCAGCUGCCGCGCCCCGCCAACAGCACAUAUCCGAAUGAGAAAUCGCUCCAGCUGACAGAAAUGUGCAAAAGUCUGCGAGAUGGCUUUCAGAGAUUAUAUAGCAAAGCAAAAAGGUAUUUAGAGAGUGACUAUCUUCAGAUUAUCAGAAAUAUACAGAACUGUCCAUGGAAACGACAAGAAGAAGAAUAUGAGAAUUUUAGAGCAAAACUUGCUUCCUGUUGUGAUGCUGCUCAAAACUUCAUUGUUUCUCAGAAUAACACUCCAGCUGGGACCAACAUGAGUUAUGAGGUGGAAAGCAAAAACGAAAUCCUAAUUAGAGAGAACAUUUUUAAUAUGUUUCCAGUGUCUCAGCCUUUCGUGGAGUAUCCCUACAAUCAGUGUGCAGUGGUUGGAAAUGGGGGAAUUCUGAACAAGUCUCUUUGUGGAGCUGAAAUAGAUAAAUCCGACUUCGUUUUUAGAUGUAACCUCCCCCCAAUCACAGGAAAUAUUAGUAAAGAUGUUGGGAGCAAAACCAAUGUUGUGACUGUAAAUCCCAGUAUCAUAAGACUAAAAUAUGGGAACUUAAAGAAAAAGAAGGAAAUAUUUCUGGAGGACAUUGCAACCUAUGGAGACGCAUUCCUUCUCCUGCCAGCGUUUUCUUUCAGGGCCAACACGAUUGCCUCUUUCAAAGUGUAUAGCACACUCAAAGAGUCUAAUGCAAGACAAAAGGUUAUAUUUUUCCAUCCCAAGUACCUGAGAAAUCUUGCCCUUUUCUGGAGAACCGAGGGAGUAACAGAGUUUCGCCUGUCCUCUGGCUUGAUGAUCACAAGCGUGGCAGUUGAACUGUGUGAGCACGUGAAGCUGUAUGGAUUUUGGCCCUUCUCUAGAACGGUGAAAGACACACCUGUCAGUCAUCACUACUACGACAACAACUUACCUAAACGUGGUUUCCAUGAGAUGCCCAAAGAAUAUAGACAAAUUCUCCAACUUCACUUGAAAGGAAUCCUCAAAUUACAAUUUAGCAAAUGUGAAAUAGCCUAA